AGGGCUGCGCGUGGGGCUGGGUGUCCCAUUGAAAAGGCGGCCGCACUCCGGCCGCCCAGCACUCUCUCACUUCUGGCCAGGGAACGUGGAAGGCGCACGGACAGGGAGCCGGCCAGGGAGGGCGAGUGAAAGAAGGAAAUAAGAAAGAAAGGGGGUUAACAAAAUAAAAACAGCCUGAGCCACGGCUGGAGAGACCGAGACCCGGCGCAAGAGAGCGCAGCCUUAGUGGGAGAGGAACGGGAGACUCAGCAGAGCGCGCUCAUCCUGUCUGUGUCCCCCGCGCGCGCCCGCACCUCGCGUCCCAGCUCGCUCAGAUCCCGCGCCCCCUUGGCCGCCGCUGCGCAUGGAAAGCUCUGCCAAGAUGGAGAGCGGCGGCGCGGGCCAGCAGCCGCAGCCGCAGCCCCAGCCGCCCUUCCUGCCGCCCGCAGCCUGCUUCUUUGCUACGGCGGCGGCGGCGGCGGCGGCGGCGGCAGCGGCGGCGCAGGGCGCGCAGCAGCAGCAGCAGCAGCAGCAGCAGCAGGCGCGGCAGCUGAGCCCCACGGCCGACAGCCAGCCCUCAGGGGGCGGUCACAAGUCAGCGCCCAAGCAAGUCAAACGACAGCGCUCGUCCUCGCCCGAACUGAUGCGCUGCAAACGCCGGCUCAACUUCAGCGGCUUCGGCUACAGCCUGCCGCAGCAGCAGCCGGCCGCCGUGGCGCGUCGCAACGAGCGCGAGCGCAACCGCGUCAAGUUGGUCAACCUGGGCUUUGCCACCCUCCGGGAGCACGUCCCCAACGGUGCGGCCAACAAGAAGAUGAGCAAGGUGGAGACGCUGCGCUCGGCCGUCGAGUACAUCCGUGCGCUGCAGCAGCUGCUCGACGAGCACGACGCGGUGAGCGCCGCCUUCCAGGCUGGGGUCCUGUCGCCCACCAUCUCCCCCAACUACUCCAACGAUUUGAACUCCAUGGCCGGCUCGCCGGUGUCGUCCUACUCGUCCGACGAGGGCUCUUACGACCCGCUCAGCCCCGAGGAGCAGGAGCUGCUCGACUUCACCAACUGGUUCUGAGGGGCUCGGCCUGGUCAGGCCCUGGUGCGAAUGGACUUCGGAAGCAGGGUGACCGCACAGCCUGCUGUCUUUAGUGCUUUCCCGUCAGCGUCAGCGACGUUGGGAGGGAGCAAAAAGGAAAAGAAAAAAAAAAUGAAGAAGAA